AUGCAAGAGAGAAACAAAAGAAGAGAGUUCCUGAGCAAGGUGGCCCUGGGGGUUGUAAGCGGCUCUGUCAUAGGCCUGGGCAUCGGAGUGGUGCAUAAGAUGGCCAACAAGAACAGCUCCAUCUGCGGAAGAGUGGCAGACACAAUGAUCAUAGGAGGCAGCUACGCUGUGAUAGAUAGCCUGAUAGACAGAUACGACAUAAACUCUGUGUAUAGGCCUAUCAUCACAGGAUGCAUAGCAGGCAGCCUGGGAAGCAGAGGAGGGCCUGCGUCAGUUAUUACAUCUUCAAUACUUACCGCAGGAGCAGCCUAUGCCCUUGAGAAUGCAGACAUAUUUAAGAGUGCAGCAAUAGAAUAG